GAGAGACAUAAAUCACAGCAUAGUCAAACAUAUGACGAUCUUCGCGAAGUAGUCAGAUGGUAAUGUAAAUAAAACUUGUCAUACUUUGACAUCUUCAUAAAACGUCUCGUUGAUUAUCGAGACGCUUACGUAACAUUUACGUAACACAAUUUUCAAUUUAAAUUAGCUGUCUCGGGUGCAUCGGCAAGGUAUCUACAUCUCCUCCUGAAUCACUCUCGCUAUGUUAUACGAGAAACGACGAUGUUAAGGGACGAGCAAACCAUCACUCGGAUUACUCCGACUCUUUUAGCGUAGCGCGAUAUUAUUGGUACUCUCGCUGUGUGCGCAAUUGGACUUGUCAAUUUAAAUGGUUGGGACGUGGAGCACGCCGGAACAUCGAGCUCCGACUACGAGGACAGUCAGGCGCUGACCUGGUUUUACGGCACCGAUGUUACAUACAUGUACACUAACAUUACUUUGCGUUAGAUCAUUCAUUAUUCGCAAUUCGUGACGUUCGAUUUUGGCACCGCGCGUCGCGCGAUAGUUGACUCGAUUGACAAAUCAACCACGUGUUACGCUUUUAGAUGUAUCGUGUUCGCAAGAGCAUAGAGCAAAGUCCUCAUUGACCGUGCGAUAAACCGUUAUUAUUUUCACGAGAUAAACCUCGUAUUUAUUUUCUAAUGAUAUACGUCAAAUAAAUCGUUGUGUAUCGAGUAAUUGAUAUCACGGUAUGAUUAAAAGAGCAGCGUGCUCAUUCGAGAGAUUACUUUGACCCUCGGUCAAAGGAUACGAAGUAAUAAAGCAUGCGUAACUUUCGAAAGAACUUUAUCCGAGGUAUCGCUCGUAGAUGUCCUCGAUAAAGUGGAACGUCGAGUUCUGCGAGCGAUUUUUCUCAAUGUUUUAAAUUCGCUCCGAAUAAUUUCGGUGUGCCGGGUAUAUCAAUUCCAUCACCUCCGAUCGCGUGGCAUCGCUUUAUCGAAUGAUCCCAAAUGAGGUCCACGCGCGUAGCGGGUUCGCGAUCAAAGAUCAAAGGUACGUAUAUACAUAGAGUCGGGAGAGUUACGAGCUCGUGCGAUUCGCGGUGCUGGCGUGACACAGUCGUUCGUUGACCGUCCCGAGACGCGCUGCUAUUUCAUCCUCUCUCUUUAUCUCUCGAUCCGUCUCUCUUCUUUCUCCCUUUUACCCUAUAUUAUCAAUUAUCCGUCUACUCUUACGCGUCGUAUUACGCACUCGCGCGCGAGCGAAAGAAACGUGCGCCCCGGGUAGCGAGCACGCGUACGCACGCGCGUACUCACACCCACACACCAUUCUUGACCCUUGAAUCGCGCAUAGUGAUAAUUUCCUCUCCCGCGAUCGCGGUGGGAAAAGCGAGCGGCAGUCGGCUGGAAGCGACAGCGAUCUCGGCAAGCAGGAAGGCGCGAAGGGGGAAUCAACCGUUGCGUUGCUACUCGCAAGUGUGUCAAUUAAUCCGCAUCACAGAGAGAGGCACCCAGGCGAUAAAGAGUGUCGAUCUUGGAAUUAGGGGCGACCGGAUAUAUCGCCGCCACCAUGAUCGUGGACGAUAAACAGGAAAUGGAAAGCUUCUGGAUCAGCAGCGCGAUCCACGCGAUCAAGGCUCUAUCGUAUGUGUACGACUUGUUGACGUUCCCCGUGUAUCUCAUACUUCAGCGACCUUGGGAGAAGCGCAAGGCCUCUAGGAGGAUCAAGGCUCGUCCGAUCUCCAAGGAUGAUUAUCAGGUUACUUACAGAAGCGUUGACUCCCCAGGGUCGAUGCACAUCGUGCUUGAACGUGAAAAGGUCGACACUUUGGAAAAAGCGCUUCUUUGGGUUGUCAAAAUGCAUGGUGACAAGAGGUGUCUUGGCACCAGGCAAAUCUUGGCGGAGGAGGAUGAGCCUCAACCUAACGGUAGAAUCUUCAAGAAGUAUAAAAUGGGAGAGUACAAAUGGAAGUCUUUCAACGAGGUCGACAGGUUGGCCGUUUCCUUUGGCCGAGGUUUGAUGGAGCUGGGUAUGAAGCCACGCAAGAAUGUUGUUAUCUUCGCUGAGACAAGAGCGGAAUGGAUGAUUGCUGCACACGCGUGUUUUAAGCAAAAUUUCACGGUGGUGACAAUUUAUGCGACCUUGGGUGACGAAGCCAUCGCUCACGGUAUUAACGAAACCGAGGUGGACACUGUCAUUACCAGUCAUGAUCUUUUGCCAAAGUUCAAGCGGUUACUGGAGAUGGUGCCGCAGAUCAAGACGAUUAUUUACAUGGAGGAUCAACUUAAAUCAACUGAAACCAAAGGCUACAAGGAUGGAGUGCGGCUGGUACCCUUCUCCGAGGUCGUCAAAAUGGGCAACGAUUCGAACUUGAGCGGUAAUUCGCCAAAAGGCGAUGACACGGCCAUAAUUAUGUACACGUCGGGUUCGACCGGAGUACCUAAAGGCGUGAUUCUCUCUCAUAAAAAUAUCAUAAGCACUCUGAAAGCGUUCUGCGAUGCGGUACAGAUCAGAUCGGACGACGUUUUUCUCGGUUUCUUGCCAUUGGCUCACGUCUUUGAACUUUUGGCCGAGAGCGUAUGUCUUCUGAACGGAGUACCCAUUGGUUAUAGUUCGCCGCUUACACUGAUUGACUCGAGUAGCAAAAUUCAGAGGGGAUCAAAGGGUGAUGCCUCCGUCCUACAUCCAACUUGUUUAACUGCAGUACCGCUUAUUCUCGAUCGCAUCUCCAAAGGAAUAAACGACAAAGUGAAGAAGUCUGGUCCGUUUAGGCAAGCCAUCUUCAAUUUUGCGUACGAAUAUAAGCUGAAGUGGACAAAGCGGGGCUAUGAAACACCUCUCUUCGACAAGUAUAUUUUUGGAGCUGCGAAGCAAGUGCUCGGUGGUCACAUUAGGCUUGUUCUUAGCGGAGGCGCUCCGCUCAGUCCAGACACUCAUAAUCAAGUGAAACUCUGUCUGUGCGUCACCGUAACUCAAGGAUAUGGUCUCACGGAAACGACUUCUUGCGCAACUGUUAUGAAUAUGCAUGAUAGAACUACCGGCAGAGUUGGAGCACCGACCACAGUUUGCGACAUCCGUUUGGAGAAUUGGGAAGAAGCCGGUUAUCGAGUUACAGAUCAUCCGCAUCCCAGAGGAGAAAUUGUGAUCGGUGGCGACAUUGUUUCCGCGGGUUACUAUAAACUGCCCGAUAAAACGAAGGAGGACUUCUUCCAAGAAGACGGCAAACAAUGGUUUCGAACGGGCGACAUCGGCGAGUUUUAUCCGGAUGGUUCUAUCAAGAUUAUCGACCGGAAAAAGGAUCUGGUUAAACUACAACUCGGUGAAUACGUUUCCUUGGGUAAAGUAGAGUCCGAAUUGAAGACCUGUCCCGUUGUGGAAAACAUUUGCGUCUACGGAGAUGCGAAUAAAGCAUAUACUGUGGCGCUAGUCGUACCUAACCAACAAUAUUUGGAAGAAAUCGCCACAAAUCAUGGCAUAACCGGAAAGAGUCUUGAGGAACUCUGCAACGAUCCACGAAUCGAGAAAGCGGUACUUCAAGAACUUGUUGAGCAAGCGAAGAAAUGUAAGCUCCAGACAUUCGAAAUACCCGGCGCAGUAAAACUGUGCGCGGAACAAUGGUCUCCCGACAUGGGUUUGGUAACCGCUGCAUUUAAACUCAAGAGGAAAGCGGUUCAAGACCGCUAUCAACACGAAAUUAACAGAAUGUAUGCCUCGUGAUGUUCCGCCAUAGGGUGCACCAAGUGCUGCGCGUAAUAAUGGGGAUCUAAACCUAAGAAAAUCACCUUGUCCACAGUAGACGGUACCUCGAUAAUCCUCAGAUACAUAUAAAAAGGUAUGUCGUAAGAUCACGUCACAUGCCGAUUACGCGAUAAGUGGCAGGCUCAUGGUGUUCGUGCGUGCAAUCGUAGAGAAUUCCGAUCCAUCGACAUUUGGUAGAUCAGUUAUUGUCGUUGAUUUGGUACAAUGGAACCAAGAAAGUCGUUUGGAAUGCGCCGAGAUCUUUCGAUCCGAAAAUGAAAGUAUCAUCUCUCGCAUUUCUUCGUUGGGUCUUCCGACAAAUGUGUGACAAAUUUUUCGCAACUUUUCAUUGAUAUCGAUUGUCAUGCAAGUUGAAUAUUCGACUUUGAGUGGCGGAAAUCAAUCCAAAGGCGAUAGAAUUUUGUACCAUCAGGUAUCAAUUACGUGCGCGUUUUAUCGAGGACAGAUCGACACUAUUAAGUCAUAUUGUAGCGAUGUUGAUGAAAAACAAAUAAAUGCUGCAAGAUGACUGUUUUGUUAGGAAAAUCACCGUCGUCUCCUAUUCCCUUUGCCUUGAUAUUGAUUAUUUUUAAUUAUCUCAAUCGAUUCGUUGUGCCUAUAUCGCAGUAGUGCACCUAAUUGUUAGUAUGUUAAUGGGCCAGUGAUAAUAUUUUUGCGAGCGAGCUAAUUUGCAUAAGUUCACAACUCGUACGGUGUACUUAUUUUAAGUAUUAUUCAAAAUCGUCGAGUUCGAUCUUGGAAAUGUAUAUUUUGGAAGGGAUCUUCUCCAAGUGCUACUUUGUUUUGCGAGUGGUAUGGCGUAUGUAUAUAUAGAGGAGAAAUGAACAAAUGAGGCUGUUUUUAUGUUUGGCAAGUGUUGAUGUAAACUUCAAGAGGUAAUUUCAAUAUAAUAUAUUAUGUAAAUUAAAUUUUCCUCUAUCUUAUACUACUUUAACAUAUUAUGCUCCGUCUUAUACUGCCUGUGUAUAAUACGUCGACGUAUUCUGGCUACUUUUUGAAAUAUUAAUUCAAAUAUCACAAUACUUUUUUCAGCAACAGGAUUGUAUUUUUGUGUAUGUAUGUAUGUACGAAUAUAUGUAUGUAAGUGUGUGUCUGAUUGUUUCAUUACUAUAUGCUUGCAUGCAUAUAUGUUCAUAAGAAAGAGAUUAGAAAAUACGUACGUGAGCUUAUGAAAAAAU